AUGAGAUUCCUGGGACUUACCCAGUCAUUUCCCAAAUCACCUACAGUGACGCCUCUACAAGUGCCGCUGUCACCGCCGCUCCUUCAUCGAUUAUCCUUCUCAUCCAUGUCCAUUGCUACAUGGUUCCUAGUGAUAUUGGCGACUGCAGCGAUAGACACUCCUGCUAGCACCAUUUUACCAAUACAGGAUAACAAAUCCCCACAUAUAGUAGCACAGUUUCCUGUGGAAAAUGGACAACAAUACGGACAUUUUUCCUUGGAUGCCAAUGCAACCAGAGAGGGAGCUUUGAGAUUUAAUCAUCUCACUAUAGAUCCUUCCUCAGGAAGACUCUAUGGAGGGGCGAUUAACAGACUCUUUCAACUCGACUCGAAUCUCAAAUUAGAGGAAUAUGUCUCAACAGGACCGAGACUAGACAAUCCUCAGUGUCAUGCAACAGGUUGCAACUCAAGAGAGAUAGCUACUUCUUUGAUGGAUAAUGUCAACAAGCUACUUAUCGCCGAUCUCGAGUCGCAGAUGUUAAUCGCCUGUGGCUCCCUUCUUCAAGGCGCUUGCGAAAAAUACAAAAUGUCCAACAUAUCCAUUAAGCCAGAGUUCAUUCCUCUUAGUGUGGCUGCUAAUGACGAAAACUCGUCUACUUACGCUUUCAUCGGACCUGAGAAAUACAAUCCAUGGGGACAGACGAACAUACUCUACGUCGGAACGACGUUCACCAACAAGGGUGAUUAUCGUCACGACGUGCCCGCUAUCUCUAGCAGAAAUCUUGAUAAGUUGGAUUUCGCAGAGUACACAUUCAAUAAACAAUCGAUUGUAUACAUCGACGUCAAGUAUCGAGAUCACUUUCUGGUGAAAUACGUGUACGGGUUUAACGCGAGUGACUACGCGUACUUCGUUCUGGUGCAGAAGCAGUCGUAUCUACCCGAGCAAGAGGAACUGGGAUACAUCUCCAGACUGGCGCGGAGUUGUAUCAGCGAUCCAAAUUACGACAGUUAUACCGAAGUGACUCUACAAUGUACAGUCGAUCUGGGAGAUGGGAAACAACACCAUUACAACUUGGUACAGGACGCGAAGGUCGCGGCAGCAGGCAGCGAUCUGGCAAUGCAAUUGGGUAUCUCCGUUGGCGAUCCGGUAUUUAUUUCCGUGUUUUCGCCCAGUAGGGGCAUCACGAAUGAGCCUUUGCCACGUUCAGCGGUUUGCAUCUACAGCCUGCAAGACAUCGAGACAAAGUUCAAUGAAAAUAUUCACAUGUGCUUCAAUGGUAGCAUCAAGUAUCGAAAUAUGGGUUACGUCAGCGGACCUAUACAAGACGGAAAAUGUCCGACUGCCGGUACUACAGGAAAUAUUCUCAAUUUCUGCGAAGUCGGAUUAAAAAUUUCGGGUGUAUCGCCAAUUACGGGUCAGGCUAUCCUGCAUUUUCCCGACACGUUCAUUACCUCGAUAAGUAUCGCCAAUACCGAGAGUCACACCGUAGCAUUUUUCGGCACGAACGAUGGCGUUCUCAAGAAGGUCUUACUGUCUGGAGUUGAGGCAUUCGUCUAUGAAAGUGUUACUAUUGAUAAGGGACAAAAGCUGUUGCCUGACACGCUUAUUUCGCCGGAAGGCAAAUAUAUCUACGUAUUAUCCAACUCGAAGAUAUCGAAGGUCAAAGUGGAGCAUUGUAAUGGUUAUACCAAUUGCAGUAGUUGUCUGGAUGCAAAAGAUCCUUACUGUGGCUGGUGCUCCUUGGAAAAGAGAUGUACCGUGAGAGGGGAUUGUCAGAAGGCAAGUCACAGCAGUCCACGAUGGUUGUCCCUGGGCACGGGGCAACAGUGCAUCGAUUUCGAACAAGUUUUACCUGACCGUAUGCCCAUUAAUCAAAUGACCACGGUGCAAUUAACAAUUAGAACUUUGCCGGAAUUACCCACGGGCGCUAAUUACAAGUGCGUUUUUGGUAACGCCGAGCCAAUAGACGCGCUGAUGACUGGUUUCGGACUUUCCUGCCCAACACCACCCGUUGCAGAGAGACCCAGCAUACCCGAGGGCGCUGAUCACGUGCUCGUACCACUAUCCGUACGAUCGAGUGAAACAAACAAAGAUUUUGUUUCGCGCAACUUUGCGUUUUUCGAUUGUUCGAGACACACGGUGUGCACCGAGUGCGUAAAGUCGCAAUGGGCGUGUAGUUGGUGCGUUUACGAUAACAAGUGCACCCAUAAUACCAGCUGUCAGGGCAUUAUAUCAGGAGAAAACCAAAACCCAGCUAAUCUCGCCGCACAUGGCGCGCAAUACUGUCCGAGAUUCAUGGAACGCAAAGAGCCGUUGAUGCUGCCAAAUAGUGUGCCUAAGGAAAUAGUGCUCGAGGUGGAAAACUUGCCGCAUCCGCAAGUAGGCCACAGUGGAUUCCAGUGCAUUGUCAGCAUCGAGGGUGCUAAUCUGAAGGUACAAGCUCGCGUGGACAGUAGUCGUUUCAUUGUGUGCGACAAGACUGUGUAUUCUUACGAAGCGGUCAGUGGCGAGUACGAGGCCGAGGUAACAGUUGUCUGGAACACGAAUCACCAUGUAGACAAGACUACGAUAAUUUUGUACAAGUGUGAAGUGCUCGGUUCGCAUCGCGAACACGCGGAUUGUUCUUUAUGCGUGACCCGAGACACUCGGUUCGAAUGCACUUGGUGCGGGAAUAGCUGCGUGUACCGACAUUCGUGUCUACAGUCGCCGUUCACCGAGUGUCCGAAGCCCCGAAUAGACAUGAUUAAGCCGCUAAGCGGUCCGAUCGAGGGUGGGACGCUGGUGACGAUCGAGGGUAGCAAUCUUGGGCUAAAAGAGAGUGACGUGGAGGGUAAGAUACACAUUGGCAACACUCCGUGCACUCUGGUGGACUAUGAAGUGUCGGUACGCAUUGUUUGCCGCACCGGCCGGCACGAGGCCACAGACGCGGCGUCCGUUGUGGUCGGAAACGACGCUGGGUAUACAGAGAGCGCAGUGCUAUUCAAUUACAAAGACAUUCGUUUGUCGGGCGUGUAUCCAUCGGUUGGGCCGCAGAGCGGUGGCACGCAACUGGCCAUUACUGGUAAGUAUCUUAACAUCGGUAGCACGAUAUCGGCGUAUCUGGACGAGUUGCCGUGUCACGUGAACGCAACUCAAGCGAGCAGCACCAGGCUAACUUGCGUUACCAGCAAGUCGGGCCGAGUCAGGCGAGUUCACAGGCUAACCCUCAGCAUAGACGGAGCGAACCGUACUCUUAUGAAUAAUCCGUACAAUUAUACACAUGAUCCGACCAUCAUGGAGAUCAAGCCGUUGAGGAGCUUUGCUUCGGGCGGCCGCAUGAUCACAGUACACGGCACGAACUUAGACACUAUUCAGAAACCUGAGAUGGAAGUUUACUUCGAUAACGAGCAGUUGCCGGUAAACAGAACCGUUUGCACCGUCCUGAAUCCUACGCAAAUGGAAUGUCCGAGUCCGAGCGUUGCCAAGAGAUUUAUUUUGAUCCGACGCAGCGAGCGUUCCACAACUACCACUGCUCAAGGCACUUCGUCGCCGCACUCAUUGAGACUCAAGGAAUCCCAACUGUCUCUCAAGAUCGCUUUUAUCAUGGAUAACGUGGAAAGCGUGAGGGAUUUGGAGAAGCAGAGUCUCCGUAAUCGACUACUCUACGUUGAGGACCCCAAGUUUUUUCCAUUUCCGCGAAACGUCAAGUUGUACAAGGGAGACACGCUGGUGAUUGAGGGCGAGAAUCUCAACUAUGCCAGCGACGAAUCCGAUGUAAAUGUGACCGUUGGUAUAAUGCCCUGCAACGUAACAUCGCUCGCUCUCACGCAACUGGUUUGCACGCCGCCGGAUCAACAGCCCGCCGACACGGACGAACUCGGCAUCAAAACUGAAAGUGGACUGCCCCUGGUGGUGGUUCGGGUAGGUCGAAGUUUACGUUUUCCUAUUGGAUAUCUACGCUACGAGGUCAUCAAGUCUUAUCCGAUACCGCCGGAAGCAAUCGCCGGUAUCGCUGCCGGCACCUUCGGUCUCAUCUUCCUAUUUGUCCUAGUGCUGGUAAUAUAUCGUCGUAAAAGCACGCAAGCGGAGCGAGAAUAUAAGCGGAUACAGAUACAGAUGGAUACGCUCGAGAGCAAUGUUCGCAUGGAAUGCAAACAGGCGUUUGCGGAACUGCAAACGGACAUGACGGAUCUGACUGCGGAUCUCGAGUCGUCGGGUAUACCUACCCUUGAUCAUAAAAACUACAUUAUGAAAGUGUUUUUCCCCGGGGUGAUAGACCAUCCGAUAUUGAACGACCCGCGGUCGCGCAGCAAUGUCUCGCGAACCAACUACGACGCGGCGAUGAUACAAUUCGAACAGCUCGUCAACAAUAAAUACUUUGUACUGACGUUUAUAGAGACUUUGGAAGCUCAGAAGGACUUUAAUAUCAGAGACAAAGUGAACGUCGCUUCCUUACUCAUGGUCGUUCUAAUGGGUAAGAUGGAAUAUGCCACGGAUAUACUGAUGAACCUACUGUUGAGACUGAUCGACAAAGCGGUGAAUACCAAGCAUCCGCAGCUUAUGUUAAGGAGAACGGAAUCCGUGGUGGAGAAGAUGCUGACAAAUUGGAUGGCACUAUGUAUGUACAACUAUUUAAAAGACUACGCCGGUUCGUCCCUGUUCUUGUUGUUCAAGGCGAUCAAGCAUCAAAUAGAGAAAGGACCGGUGGACGUGAUAACGCAUGACGCGAGAUAUUCUCUCUCGGAGGAGAGACUUCUGCGCGAACAGAUUGAACACACGAUCGUCACGUUGCACGUGGUGCAAGACGAUCUUGAUGAGAAGAUACAGUGUAAGGUUCUAGACUGCGAUACUAUAAGCCAGGUAAAGUCUAAGAUUCUAGACGCCCUGUACAAGAACACUCCGUUUUCGUUGAGGCCGUCCGUACACGAUGUUGAUCUAGAAUGGCGGCAUGGUCGCGGUGGUCACUUGACUCUUCAAGACGAGGAUCUCACGACUAAGUGCUGUGGUGAAUGGAAGAAGAUAAAUACUCUGGCGCAUUACGGCGUUAAAGAGUCGGCGGUGAUGUCAUUGAUCCCCCGGCAGAACGACGGCUUUUCGGUGGCGUGCAAGCCGCCCUGUCACAAUUGCAAGCCCUCGCAUUAUCAUCCGCAACAGCAGCCACCGUCGAUUCAUCCACAUCAUCAACCGUCGCACCAGCAUCAUCUACAUCGACAUUCGAAUCACUGUUCGUCCACGCAUCUUCCAUCCACGCCCAAUCACGGGCUGAUCAGUCCUGUAAUGUACAAUCAUCCUGUGAGCGGUCUGUACUUCGACUCUCAACAUUCGCCGCCCAUCAUAACGGCGAACGGCGACGUCGAGAGCGCCCACGGCGGUAAUCAGCGAUUGUAUCAUCUGGUGAGGCCCAUCGAAGAUGUGCACUAUCCGCCCGGCUUGGGCUUCACCGGAAGCAGCAAGCACCACCAUCCCGAGCGAACGCACAAGGCAAUCCCGGAAAUAUUCCUCACGCGAUUGCUAUCAACGAAGGGUACCGUACAAAAAUUCGUCGACGAUUUUCUAAACACCAUACUGACCGCCAAUGAGGCAUUGCCUAGCGCAGUCAAGUGGUUGUUCGAUCUCCUCGACGAAGCUGCCAAGCAGCACGGCAUUGUCGAUCCGGAAGUAGCGCACGCGUGGAAGUCGAACAGCCUGCCGCUCCGAUUCUGGGUUAAUUUUAUAAAAAAUCCAGAUUUCAUGUUCGACAUUAACAAGUCCACGACAGUGGAUUCGAGUCUCUCCGUGAUUGCGCAGACGUUCAUGGACUCGUGCUCGAUGACGGAACACAGACUGGGCAAGGACUCGCCAUCUAACAAGCUGCUCUUCGCCAAGGACAUACCGCAUUAUCGCGAGAAAGUGGGUCGAUUCUAUACGGAUGUGCAAAGGCUGCCGCAGAUCACCGACCAGGAGAUGUCUAGUGCCAUGCAGCAACUGAGCGCGUCUCACGCCAACGAAUUCGAUGUGAUCGCGGCGCUGAAAGAGCUCUACAUCUAUGUCAGCAAGUAUUAUGAACAAAUCCUAGAGGCCUUGGAGACAGAUGCGGGCUGUCGCAAACUACACCUAGCUCAUAGACUAGAAAACGUAGCGUACACGCUCGAGGGAGAAGAGACCAGUGCCUGCUGACAUACCCUCCUCACUUCCAUCCCAGGACCCGUCAACCUCUCCAGAAACACUGACUAGUGCCUCCACUUCAUGCAUCAGAUACACCUCGUUACAUAUGUACAAAUAUUACACAUUACAACAUACACCGUGUGAAUAACAAUGCCGUAAGAAAGAUACACGCGAUUUCGUUAGGGCUAGUCAGGCGAUAGGUCACAGGAUAGACAGUCCUCAUGGUAGCAUUUUACCGUCUUUACGUGUUGGCCAUACCGAAAUACGCUUGUAAACAUGUAUGGAUAUUGGUAGGCAAUGUACGCGCCUCUGAUCCUUAAAUUAUGACGCAGACAGACAUUUAUUAAAUCUCUGUAGGAAAUGAGCGAAGUAUUUAUACAAAGUAGAUAUAUAUAUAUAUAUAUCUCAUCGAAUUCGAAUUCGAAUUUCAAUUCGUAAGAUAUUUUUUCGCAGGUGAUUAUUGUUAUUGUAGUGUAAGAGUGAGAGAUUUAGUUAUUCUAAGUUAUUUUAACUUUUUACUUUAUCUUCUAUUUUACGACGUUGCGUUGCGUGAAAAUACAACGCCGUCGCGUUUUCUCUGUCGAGACUUUUGAGGAUCCGAGACGUGGAUCGGUGCAAAUACUUAUUAGAAAUUUAAAGUGUAAAUUUUAUGGCCGAUCUGAUAUCUAUACGUGUAUACGUAAAUACGGAUACAUAACAAAGUAAAAAAUAACAUGUCUAAUGAUAAGUGAGAGAAAGCCAUAGUGUCCACCAGACUGUCUGUACGGGAGCAACGUACGGCAGCGAGUAGUCUGUGAUCCGAGCACGAGUGGCUAUGCCUACUAUCUUCAUUAUGAUAUAUAUAUAAUUAUUAAUAUGUUAUAUAUAUAAUAUAUAUAUAUAUAUAUAUAUACAUAAAAAAUAUAUAUAAAGCAAAGAAUCAUGCGCAACACACACCUCCACGGAUUGUAGUGAGCUAGUUAGAGAGGGACUAUAUGUAUUAUAAGUUGGGGGUUACGCACCCUUGUAAUUCAGAGAGACAGAGUAACAGAUAAUAUUAAAUUAAGGCGAUUAAAGUAACGUUUAAAAAUUUUAAGAGUUAAAAAGUUAUAAGAGCAGCUCAGUCUACUCUAGGCCUACCUAUGUAUAUCGUCUAAUGUCGAACAAAUUUUUUUUAAUCUUAUUUUGCUUCUGAGUCUCUCUAUAUUUGCUGUACGUGAUAGUUUACGAAGUGCGAAUAAUUUUUUAGGAAGGCCAUUUUGUGGAGCAUCUAAAAUUUUAUCUUCCAUUGUAUUAUAUUAUUGUGUUAUUAUUAUUAUAUUAUUAACGGUUAUUAUUUCUCUCUCUCUCUCUAUAUAUAUAUAUAUAUAUAUAUAUAUAUAAAAUUAUUAAUGCUGCCUAUUAUGAUUGCUAUAUUAAGUGUAACAGAUGCAAAACGAAACGGACCUUUUUAUUAUCGUGUUGCGAGAUUAUUGUAGACUAUUUCGAUCAUAUUGAAGAGGUUUUGUAUUCAAUGAUGUACUCUGGCCAAGAUUCACGUGCUAUUGUCACAAUAGAUCUUGGCGGACACUCGUCACUCGAUGCACAAUGACACGCAGUAUUCUUUCAAAGGAUCUAACUUACUUUUUAGUUAACAUAAGACUGGAAGUUUUUUAAAACUCGCAUUUAUUUAUCUUUUUUCUUCUUUUUUAAAGAAAUUUUCAACCUUUUAUAAUACCGGUGGAAAUGAAGUAACGAUCAUAUUCGACACGCACUGCCAAGUUUUUCCGAGUUGCGCACUUUUACAAACUGUCAAUCUGUUUAGAACCAGUGUAAAGAAACUCGUCGUUCAAUUAAGGCACAAUGAAGAUUGAUCGAUGAGUCGACAUAGGUCCAGGGAGACUGGGGACGUGCUCAUGCUCUUGUACUUAACACGUCACGCGUCGUAAUUUCAAUGAUAUUCCAGGUCCCCAGGCUCCCCCUCGUUUGUGAUUAUUCGGCAACCUGUAGAUCCCUUUCUCUCUAUUACAUGUGUAUCGUAUUUAUUUAUAUAAAGAACAAACUGGAACUUGCGACUGCGGAUGUACGUCAAUCUGUGCUAACUGUGAGUUUUUUUACACUUUGUCGUGUAUACACGAUAUUCUUUGUAAUCAGCAAUUGUAUAUGAAUACCAUAUAUCCGCGUUUAUCUGUUUCUGAUUUUACGCGGAUUUAUACACCUCUUACAUACGUAUGUGUGCCAUCUGUUUCGACGCGAUGAAAGAUUCGCUCGCUCCGGCUGGGUCUCGCUGCCCCUGAAAAUAGCUGCGCGGCUCUAUUAUCGAGUUCACCUAGAAAGUGGUCGUCAUGAUCGAUUUCGCACGAUGUCACUAAUUAUUCAAUUAAAUCUCGGUUGUGGAAAAAGCCCGACCUCGCGCGUGGCGAGCGAAUUUAGCGGCGCUUGACGCGGUCUUCCUUGGACGAGAUUAACAGACGUUUUGUUAUAUCGGAUUUCUCCCACGUUGAUUAUCAUAUGCAAACCGUAUUUCGUAUAGAUUUUCUACGUAUGUAGCUUAAUGCAGAGGUGCCAUUGUGUUCCCGUCUGCGAAUUCGACACUCCGAAGUCGUGCAGUACGUAAUGUUCAAUGUAUAUAUCCGACACUCUCGAAAUGCACGCGAUUGUAUUUCCAUUCGAAUUCGGUACGCGCAAAUUGGAGACGGACAUUCACAAUAUAAAGCUUUUUCCCGUAACGAAUUUCGAACCGGUAUCGAAAUCCGCAUGAGAUAACGAAAGUACACAGUUGUAUGAAUGAUCGAAAUUGUACCACGGGCGAGACGGUGCGACGGGUUUGCAUCCCGCCUUGUCCUGCGUUGAAAGUAUCGUAUAUCUUUCGGUUUCCACUUUAUACUAACGAUGUAUAAGUCGUCAUGUUUAUUUAAUAAAAAAGACAAACUUAUAUAUAUACACAUACACACACACACACAUCAUACAUACGUAUAUAUUUAGGAAUUGGUGUGGAUGGGUGUGUGUGUGUGUGUGUGUGUGUGUGUGUGUGUGUGUGUGUGUGUGUGUGUGUGUGUGUGUGUGAAGAUAAGAGAAUUGAGUGUGGAGAGAGAGCGAGUUAAGCAUAGGAUUCUGUCUAAUAAGAACGUAACCGGUAUAAUUUUUGUUUGAAAAACGUUAGAUAGAAAAUUCAGAAAAUAGCGGGACUCCCUUUACGACGCGUUUUAAAUAAAACAUUUAUUGUUUGAUCUUUAUGACAGAAAAAAGAAUAUUACGAAUAUAAAAAAAUCUUAUUAAAAAACCGGUAGCGCAUGUAAAAGUUUUCUGGAAAAAAUAUAGAGGUUGAAACAAUGGGUUCGAUAGAUUCGUUAUAAAAGUCUUUGUCGCAAUAAUACUAUCAAUUUAGUGGGAAAUAUAACUCGAAAAUGCCAGAAAACAAAUGGCAAGCUACUAAUAAAAUUCAUAGUAUGUGUCUAGUUAUACAUAUUUUUCUUAUUUUUUAUUAUAAUAAAAAAAUUGUUUAAUACAGAAUUAUACUAAUCACGUUUUUAUUAGACAAACUAUCGCGGCAGCUGCGAUCGGCUGUGGUUGAAGGCGUGUCGCGGAUUACCUGAUUGACACAAGCACUGCCGUUAACGUUGUUUCGGUACUCGCGGAAGAAAUACAACGACAGAGAAUUGCCGUCGCUGUAUACAGAGUCCUACAUGUGACAAAACGUCCUUUGUAAUUUUUAAUAUGUACGCACAGAACCUUCUGAUUUCGUUUAUCACUGCCACGUUUCGCAUUUAAAGGGCGAAAGGCUCUCGUGAUCGUAUCAACGAAUCGCGUCCGCAAAUUUUCCUCAAGGGACCUCGCAUUCUUUUCUUAUUGCGGGGAAAAGCUAAGAGAGACAUAGCCGUCGUGCGUAUGGAGUUACGCGCGCAAGUAAUCUCGUCUCAUAUUCUAAUUGGCCGUGCAUUUUGCGUUAAAUGUACGGCGUUAAUAUGGGCGUUUCUUUUUCCGUCUCUUCGGAAAAUAUAUUGUGUCGUACAGAUUGACGUACAUGGAGACACAUAUGUCGCGCGCAUAUAUUCAUAUGUACACACACAGACACACGUACACGCUAUUAUCGGAUGCCUCGCGACAGGCGCAGGAUGUUUUUAUUUUCGUGAAAUUUAUUUUGGAGGAUACUGUCUUGACAUGUAAGAUAUAUGUCGGGCAACGUUCGAACGCGAUCCGAUAAAAUCCACAUAGCCGUCACCCUAUACUUUGCGAACGUACGAAUGCUUGCAACUCUGCCAUGGAAAAAAAGUAAGUGGAAAGCCUCGUGUUUACAUAUCCGUUUCCCGCGCCAAAAUUUCGCUUCUUAAUUUUUAUCUUGUACGUUACAAUUUUUACAUCUUAUACGCAGUAAAAAUAAAACUGAUAGUAAGCAAGGGGCGGGCAAAUAUAUAUGUGUAUGUAUGUGAAUGUGUAUAUGUACCGCUGUCGAAGGGAAGCGGACGGUAAAAUAUUGACGCCACCUCUAUACGCUGUGUCCGCUGAAUAUUUUAUUAAAACGGUGGCUAUGAAGGUGAUGGCUCGUGCAAGCGUCUUAAAAUAAAUACCAGGAAGGCACGCGGCAGUUUCCCAGUGGACCGUACGGUCGGAAGUCUACUCCAUCCAUCUGAAAAGCUUGUCAAUUCUGCAUUCAACGUUUGUAAUUAAUAACGUGACAGACUGAGAAGAGUCGCGAUUUGCGGCGUUCGAUGGAGCGAAAUUAGAGUGUUAUGCUUCGUUUUGUGUGUGUGUGUGUGUGUGUCAUAUCUGAACACAUCGUAUAUCGAUUUAAAAUGACUGUUAAGCUUCGACAAAAGAGAAAGAAAGAGAGAAAUGAAAAUGAUAAUCUCAAUAAUUUUUUCCUUUAAGAACAUUUUUAUUAGUCCUAUUUUAAUCGUUGCUGAUGACAUAGUUGAGCAAUAAUUGAUUAAUAUCGAAUAAUUAUUGGUUUCGUUCCGUUCUGAAUUAACUAAAAAAAUGUCUUCGCCAACGAGUAUUUCGAUAUUACGAAAAAAAGACGUUAAUCCAGUAAGCAUAAAAUCAUUACUACUAUGUCAAUACGAUAAUUAAUACACAUUCUCACAAAUAUGUAUGUUGUAUUUAACGUUAUAUAACAUACAAUGUGGACAAACUUUGACUUUAAACGAAACGUUGAGAUAUUUUAAAAACGUUUUGUUUAAAGUCAAAGUUCAUGUUUUAAAAACAUCUCAACGUUUCAAAAAAAUCAUGUAUCAAUUUUUUAAAAAUGUUUAUAAAUACAAUACUAUUUUAAAACAUUUAAAAAUACAUGACAUCAACAUUUCUAAAAUCUAAUGUUAUUUUAGUUAUAUUUCUUGCUUACUGGAAAUGUCACGUUACAUUGACCAAUCUUGAUUGCCAUUAAAAGUAUAUAUCUAGAGAAGUGUGUGUCUUGUUCAUCGAAUCAAGCGCAACGAUGCUCUUACGCUUGCGUAUGUAUGUAUGUAUGUAUCGUGUAUGUACCUACAUAUGCGUGUGCACGCGCGCGUGUUGUGUGUGAAAAAUUUCAACCCCUCGUGAAUAACUCUCUUUCUUUCUCACCCUCCAUUGUAUAUAGUACUUCAACUCCUCUCCUCCGCCUCAUCUCACGCACGAGUAGACUUUAAGUGACACUCGAGAGAACGAAAUAAUUCUUGCCAAAUUCUCGAUGGGACGUAGGGACAAAUGAUUAAUUACAUUUAAAAGAAAAAUCGCAAGAAAUAUAUUGGUAUUCUAAACGACUAGUAUUCUCGUUAUCUCUUCGUUAUUCUUGCCCACCCGCAGUCUCAGCUGUACAGACUUGCUAUCAGCUUACGAUCAGGACAUGGGAUCGUGUCCUAUAAUUUGCAGUCGGUAUAAUUUGUCACCAUUUAUCCGAGAGCUCGCAAGGACACGUGCGGAUGAUCUUUCGGUUCUUCACGCGCUAAAUUUUCUUUUGGAAAAUCUUUGUAAAGAUUUAUUGUAAUUGAACGGGCACACACGAUACAGCGCCGCACGCCCAUGCAAAAUUAUCACAGCUCGUUGAUGCGCUAAGAUCUAAAUAUCGUUACUAUAAAUAUACAGAGAUACGCGAAAUGUGAACUUUUUGGAAAUAAUCUAUCCAAAAGAAUCGUCAAAUGUUACGCAAAUUGUUACGUUAAUUUUGAGUUCUUGUAUGUCACAACUAAAUCACGUCCGCAUUCGCGGAGUACACGAGUUUACAUGUAUAUCUUGUAUACGGUAGAACGUACUUGGUGCGUAUGUAUAGUUUUUCACUGUGCAUUUGUAACAGUACCAUCAAUUUCGGCGUCGAUGUUGUAUCGUUACGCCGGUAAUAAAUUAGCAUAUUUGGUACGAAACCGUUGGUUUCGGUGACGAAAAUUGUGUAUAUGCUCUAUACAUAUAUAUAAAAUAGUACAAUUAAUACGCAAUCUUGAGAUAUGUGAAGUUUAUAUAAUUUUAUCGCUUUCCUUUUAUAAAUAUCUCAAUAAAAAGAUAUUAAAAAAAUGAUCUAUUGUAUAUUUACAUUAAAACUAUCAACGCAGACUUGUAUUACGAAUGAUGUUACGUGUGUAAUAAUUAUUAGCUAUAGUAAUAUUAUGUCAUUAUUUUCUACAUACUUAAUAUUUUUGUAAUAAUAAUACGAAAAGCUUAAAGAUAACAAAUUUACAUGGCACGUUUGUACAAUUAUUAAUAAAUUGUAUAAUAUGGAAUUGUAUUUAUAUAGGCAGUAAGAAAUUCAGACACUACACAAAGGCCCAAUUGUAUUAAUAUUGAUUGAAUGUAAUUCGAGAUUAAACUUCAAUAUAAA